AUGGACAAUAAUUGGGCUAUCCGGUCAUCUAAGAUGAACGGGGAUCGUCAUAGUUCGCCUUUCACAUUAUCAUCUUCUCGGUCGUCUUCAUAUGAAAGCGUUGGGGAGGAUAUUGACGCACUUGAGAUUGUUACCCCAAGAACUUACUCACACUCACCUUCUCCCAUUCCCCAGCAACCCACCGAUGCCGAGCUUAACCCAUGGCUCUUCCAACUUUUCCCAGAGACUUACGCAGAUGGAACCGCCUACUCUUCACACCCAGCAGAAAUUCAAUAUAUUGCAGGUAGCGAUGCAAGCUCGCUAUACUCAGGAUCGAAUUCCACCUCAAUUAUCGGGCAGCCAAUGUUGAGCAGCCUGGGAUCUGAUGAGAACAUUUUCUCAUCUGCUGGUAUCAACCGAUCAGAAGAAGCUUUUUUCCAGAGCUAUGACGAUACUCAAGAUUAUGAGAGGCCAAUGAGAGUACGAUUCUCACCUUUCUCUGAAUAUGACUCAAGCUCUUCGGAGUAUGAUCGUGGCAGCACUCCCGCUCUUUCAGACUACUCACCCCAAUUCACAUCUCGAUCACGUGCAAACUCGACAAGAUCCAGCCCAACUCCUGGCUUCUCGCCAGAGCUUGGACCUGGUUCUGCAAGUGCACCGACAAGCAACCCGUCUUACUCCCAUCUUGUGGCGACAUUCGCUGCCCCAAAGAGGAGAAAGAGCAGGAGAAAGCUCGGCCCUGAUGAAAGGCGUGAGGUUCACCAAUUGAGGAAGAUGGGUGCCUGCACUCGUUGCUGGGGCUUGAAGAUGAAGUGUGGAGAGGGAAACCCAUGCCCUAGAUGCGAAAAACUUGGGGCUGGCGCUCUUUGUGUGCGAGUACACUUUGUCGACUUGGACGUCUUCUCAAAAUGGCUUGUUGAUGCAUACUCCCGAACUAUGAUGCACCAUGUCCUUCGCUGGGCCAACUCACCCGCACGGACGGUUACAGUAUCUCACGAGAAAUCUCUUGGAGUAACACUCAGCCUUAACGUUUACGAGUUCAUUCCUGCUUAUCCUGGACAGCUCGUCUAUUGGUAUAAAGACGAUGUUACCGGUUGGCAGUCUGUGGAAACUACUUCAUACGCAAUGAAGAGGGGAAUCAACACCGACAUCUUGGAGAAGUACAUUGACGACCACACAUGGUACUACGUUGAGAACUCAUUCCAGGGCAAUCCAAUCCUAGCUGAGAUCUUCCAGUCGGCUUUGAAGUACUCUAAGAGUGAGGAGAACUUCCUCCUUAGAGAUGCUUUACAACUAUGGACUGCAACUCAGUUGCUUAUUCAGGGAGCUACUUUGCACCCAUCAUCCGACUCGCUUGGUAUCUCACCAAUUUCCUCACUCACUACACCAUUGGCAGGCCAGACACCUAUGCCAAGGGUACUUGCAAACCAGCUUGACCACCUUAUCGAGCGCCGAAUUUGGCAAUUGGAGAAGCAAAUUCUCUGUGAGCUCCAGAAGCGGAUUUUUGGAAGGAAGAGAGAGGACUGGCUCAGGAUCUUCUUGACUCUGGUGGUGCUGAUGAAUGCCCUUGAACGCGAUUCAUGGAGGCUCUACUACUGGGUUUUCCACAUGGAUGACGGCUAUGCCUGGCGUCACCCUUCUUCUCCUCAGAGAUUGAUCGAGAAGAACAACAUACUGGCUGAAUCCUUGGCUGCUCACUUUUCCGCCAUCAGCAAGGGUCUGACUCCCUUUUCUUUGGACUGGAGCCGGGAACAGACAGUUGCAUUGAUCGGGAACUGCGAGGACCGCCAAUCAAUGCUGGAGUCAAUGGAAAGAAUCGGACGAGGCCUGAGAAGCCCAGAUCAUGCUUUGCGCGUCGAGAAUGUGCUCGCUCUCUACCGGGAGAGCAAUGAAAGUAGUCUUGAUUUCCUCUAUACUUCAAAGGUCAUGGUUAUUUGA